CGUGCCGGACCUACGUGCUUGGGCCUGAAUCCUUCUCUCUCAACUCUCAACUCUCAAGUGUGUCAACAAAGCAAAAACCAGAAACAAACCGACUGCAUUUCUCUUCAGUGCUUCACUGCUCCAAGACGACGAAUUUCAUCAACACCGCCUCCUCCGGCAAGGUGACGAGGUGAUCUGCUGUUUUCUGAAUUAAUAAGUUCAGAAAUAACGUCAUAAUGGAAGAGCAGAUCGAAGAAAAUAAUUACCAUCUCCGGGUUGCGUGCGCCUAUAUGGCGGUUACUCAUGGCCCCCCCACUCUUAAACUCUGGGGCAUUACCAGUACCGAGAGGGCGAGAAUAGAUGUAGCUGUUGGUAAUUUCAUAUCUGCUGAAAGUAUGAGUUUUAACCGGGCAGUUGAACGUAUCCAAGAUACAAUUAAGUGGCGGUUGGAUAAAUCUGAUGAUAGUAUUGGGGCUGCUGCUGUUGGUAGAUUUUGUACUAGCUGGAUACAUCGCCAAGACCCAGAAACUACACAAGUGUCCUGUUAUGUUGAGUUAUCCAACUGGGAUUUGGUGGACGAUUUUGAGAUUCCUUGGAUAGCGGGGUUUGAAACACUGAUCGGGGAUAUUACACUACUUCCUACGACAUCUAUUUACCUGAUCGUCAAAAUUGCUAACCCGAAUCCCAAGAUUAUCAAUGCUUACCGAAAAGUCAAAUCCCAUUUCCCAAUCAUCCGAGAAGAGUUGUUUGUUGGCAGCAACUAUCUGGGACUGGGACUGGGACGGUUUUUGUUGGGGAGUACCGUGACCCCGGCUUCUCUAGCACAUUUCGUGCUCUUCAGGUCUUUGAGCGUGCCUCUUGUUCCUCGUGCUUUUGGCGGUGUUGAAGAUGAAAUUGCUGAUCGUAAGUAUGAUGGGCAUAUUGAUGUUGAAAAUGCAACAAAGCAGACAAUCGACUUCUUUGGCCUCCAGGGGACUCGCAUGAAUGUAAGUGCCGUCGUAGUCGGAUGGGACAUUACUUUUUCCAUGAAGUUUUCUUAUUCGGUCAAUCCUAACUACCCGGUGUACUUGGUCGAGAAGAUGGAGAUAUAUAAUGAUUGUAUAAACAAACCUGAUUUUGUAGUUCAAGAUGGGAAGAUAUUGAGGAGCUUUACACUCCCUGCAGAUGGAUGUAUUACUAUUACAGUAGAAAAUGCAAGUUUUUGUACCAAAAAGUUGGUAUACCUGUGUGUUUGUGUGUAGUGAGGUCUUGGUUUUACAUUUUGUUUUGUUAGAGCUACUUCGUACUCCCAUAUUUUUCUGUGGUUAAAAAAGGUUUUGGUUCAAGUGGUAAGCAGCUUGAUGUCGCUUAAGGGAGGUCUCGGGUUCGAGCCUCGCCGUAUGCAGAAACUCUUGUUGGGAGACUCACCCACCAUAAGCAAGGUGUGCGACACGGGUCGGAUCCGGAUGUAGUCGGAGCUAAGCUCCGGUGAACCGGGUGUGCUAUGCGUAAAAAAAAAAAAAGGUUUUGGUUCUUUGUAAACAGACUUGUGUUAUUCGAGAUAUUGUGGUGUCACUUUGUCAGGGUUAGUGUAUAUAUUUGUUUAAACUUUCA